AUGCAAACGGUUUUUGAUAUCUACGUUGCCGUCUUCGCAAGAAAUGUCGUGGAGGCGUUCAAAGAGACGCUGGGUCAAUCAUCGAUGCGCCUUAUUUACCGGACUUGUACAGCAGGUGGUCAGUCCAGACAAUCAUCAUCAUCAUCAGCAGCUGUAGCAGUACCAGCCAAUAGAGCACCAAUAAUCGUUGCAUCCUCUCCCGCUAGCAUGGCUUUGGAAAUGGUACAAAAUAGUCUACUUUCAGCUGAUCCCAGCAAUCACGGCGCCAACAAUGUGGUGAUAGCGUAUCUAUCUACUCGCUCAACUUUUUUGGAGCAGUUCUUCACUGACUUUCGAAAAUACUUCAGUCGAUCUCGUCGCCGAGAAGAAGAGAUAUUUAUUGAACGCUUGGAAAAGGCAGUUUCCGAUCCAUCCUUUGAUCCAUUUAGUCAUAUUUGUAAUUUUUUCCUGAAUAGUUUCUCCCAUUAA